AUGUCGAUGUUCCCCGAACGCGCUCCAGGGCGCGAUCAGGCCUGCGUUGGCUCGCAUGCUUAUCUGCCAAACUUUUCAAGCAUACAAAAAAAUGGCUUGACCGUCUUGAAUUUGAAGCAACAACAAUUCCGCCAAUGCUCAAUUGACGCUUAUCUCGCCACUGGCCUUCCAUUCCUCGACACAGCCGAGAGACCGCCAUUGGAUGAAUAUGUUCUUCGGCGCAACAACCUUGCCAAAGCUCUAGUCGCGGAAGGCGUAGAUGCAUUCGUCGUUGAACCAGGAUAUACGUUCAGCUACUACGCCAACAUCACGCAGCCGCAAUGGGAGUCAUGGGAGCCCGAGGAGCGUCCGUUUCUCAUGGUCGUCCGACCCGAAAAGUCAGCAAACGGCGAAAUCGUCGCGAACACGUCUUUCCUGGUCCCGCAUUUCGAGGAAGAACGCGCAAGAUUGCUGAACAUGCCUUUUGAAGAAGAAAUCCAGACUAUCACGUAUGAAGAGCAGGAUGACUACUAUGCUACGCUGUAUACAGCUGAGAUAUGGGGCGAGAUCUUGUCGCCGAAAGUCAUGGUCGACGAGGAGAUUCGCGACUUCAUUCAGCGCGGGCUUGGUUCUACUGGAUUUACUGUUUAUGGACUUCGCGGCGAGGUCGAAGCAGUACGACAAGUCAAGACGGAGCGCGAGGUCGAGAUUCUACGAGCGGUUAAUACUGGUACGGUAGAAGCCAUGCGGGCUAUGCGGCCCUGCGUGUAUCCUGGCGUGACAGAGAACGAGGUACGAGAUGUCCUGGACGACACGUUGCGAGCGGCAGGUUUCGAGCCGUUCUUCGACAUUGUUGAGUUUGGAAUGUCAGCGGCUUUGCCUCAUGGGGGUUACGAUGGGACUAGGAAGCUUGAAGCUGGGAUGCUGAUACUUAUUGAUGUCGGAGCGCAUCUUUUUGGGUAUAGCAGCGAUGUCACGAGGACGUUCUAUCCUUUAUUUCACAGCCGCCCGCAACAUGAUAACAAAGAGCACAUCGAGGUCUGGCAGCUUGUGCAGGAUGCGCAAGCUGCGGCUAUAAAAGCUAUGAUGCCGAACAACACGGCUGCAUCGGUGGACAUUGCUGCUCGAAAGGUUAUUGAGGAAGGUGGAUACGGAGAGUAUUUCACUCAUCGCCUGGGCCAUGGCAUUGGCAUCAAAGCGCAUGAAAGCCCGUAUCUGAACCAAGGAAACUUUGGGGCCAUUCUGCGACCGGGCAUGACUUUCACCGCGGAGCCUGGGGUGUACGUGCUCAACAAGUUCGGAGUGCGUGUAGAGGAUGUGCUGCUUGUCAAGGAAGAUGGCGAAGCUGAAAGCCUAAGCGGUCCGUUUGCAAACAGUCCUUGGGACCCAUGA